AUGAGCAGCCAAAGGGUUCCCAUCGAGCCUCAGCGCGUCGACGCGCCAUUAACCUCAUCCGCGACCUUCCUCGUGGUAACAGCAACCGACAAACCCAAUUCGAUCAAAACAAUCCGUUCAGCCCUCGCCGGCUUGGACAGUCUCGCAAAGAACGUCUCAAUUCGCGACUUAAGCGCUCAGUUCGCCUGCACAGUGGGCAUCGGCAGUAACAUAUGGGACAAACUAACCGGGCUCCCUCGACCAACGGAACUGCACCCCUUCAAAGAGAUCAAGGGAUCCAAACACACAGCACUUUCCACACCAGGCGAUCUCCUCUUCCACAUCCGCGCCGAGCGCCGAGAUCUCAGCUUCGAAUUCGAGCGCCAGCUGAUGGACCAAUUGGGCGAUUCGGUGUCCGUAGUCGACGAAACGGUCGGAUUCCGCUACUUCGAUGUCCGCGAUCUACUCGGCUUCGUAGACGGAACUGCCAAUCCCGUUGGACCGGCCGUUCCAUCCUCUGUUCUUGUCGCAGCGGAAGACGAUUCCUCGGCGCAGGGCGGCAGUUAUAUUGUUGUGCAGAAGUAUACGCACGAUCUUGAAGCGUGGAAGAAGCUUCCGGUGGAGAUGCAGGAGAAGAUUAUUGGACGGACGAAAUUGGAGAAUGUGGAGUUGGAUGAUGCGGAGUCGGGGCAGCGGUCUCAUAAGACGCUUAAUACUAUUGAGGACGAAGAGGGGAAUGAGCAUGACAUCUUGCGAGAUAAUAUGCCUUUUGGGUCGCCUGGGAAGGGCGAGUUUGGGACUUAUUUUAUUGGGUAUACGCGGAGGCUGUGGGUUGUUGAGAAGAUGUUGGAGCGGAUGUUUGUAGGGGAUCCGCCUGGAUUGCAUGAUCGGAUUCUGGAUUUCUCGACGCCGUUGACGGGGGUUACGUUUUUUGCGCCGUCUGCUAGUUUGUUGGCGAGUUUGGACUCGGAUUGA